UUACUGCGAAAUAUACUUUCCAGGGAUUAAUGUAACACAAACGUGUUCUUAUCCAAAAGUUAUUAAAAACGAAUACAUUUUUGAAGGUAAUGACAUCAUUAUCGAGUGUGACCAUGGUUUGGAUAACGAAAAAUGGCAAAUGUACAAUCAAAGUGGAGCUGAAGAAAAUAUACGGAACCGUUCAUGGUCGAGGAAAGGCGGGAAAUCGCUGCUGAUACAAGACAUAACUAAACAAGAUGAAGGGAAGGUAGUGGUGUGUUCAACCGAAGGAGCCAAUGGGACCAACUAUGGCACUAUUGGGUUCGCUGUGAUAUCGUAUAUUCCUGGAGACGACAGUAGUAGUUCCGACCCGAAAACAGGCGGUCGUACACCCAAGUCUGGUAAUAAGCAUAACAUUUACUUGGUACUAACUUUGCUAUUUUUUUCACUGUGGUUUAUCACUACUAUUGUAGGUGGUGUUUUCCUUUGGGUGAAAACCAAGAUGAAUAAGUCUGACACUACAGUGUCAAGUCCAUCACCCUCGGGAUAUGCAUCCCGGGCAUCGCAUGGGAGAUCUAAUGAAAACGAGACACCCUUAUCCAGUGUUGGUACUAGAGGCAGACGUGAUCCUGACACUACGAAUACAAACAACAGCGCCCAUAACCCUAUCUUUGAGCCCGAAACUUUCAAUACAGAUGAAAACAGAAGGAAUGACCAAGGCAGCGAUGGCAGUCAUCUCUACUUCACCCUGGAGAAAUCAUCACCUUCACCAAAGGCUUCAACAUCAAGACAGGAACGUCCUGGAUCAUCGCUAAACCAUCCCAAGAGCAGCCAGUGGCAAAGCUAUGAAACUGUUGGGGAUCCAAACAAAGGUGUUUUCUGUUCUUUUGAUGUUGGAGAAUAUGCUGAUGUUAGCUUUCAAGGAAAAGUGACCUCUGAUCAUAAUGAAUAUUCCGAGGUUGAUUCCACACAAUUCCGUGGAACAGCCCCUCCAGGUGAUGGUGAGUAUUCUGAAGUCCGUAGAAGCUUCAGAGGGAAUGAGCAACCUACUCUACCAGAUCGAACUUCACUCAAUAAGAUACCUGAAAGAGAACAGGUAGAGAGAGAUGAAAUUUCUAGACUUUACGGCAAGAGGUCGAACAAGAAGAUGUCGAAAAGGGGGAAGAUGUAGACGACGACGAGCGCAUCAAGAGCUACCUGAAUCCCAGACAUCUAAUGAAGUCACAAAAGAUUCAGUGGCCCUAGCCCUGUGGAACGCCAGAUCACUGAAUAAUAAGACUCAUAUGUUCUGUGACCUCAUGAUCAACAAUCGAGUCGACAUCGCAGCUAUAACAGAGACGUGGUUCACAGGUGAUCAUCGCGAUGACAUCCCACUAGCACAGAUAUCAUCCACCCUCCAGAGCUAUAUCGUACAUCAUCAGCCAAGAGAGGGUCGUCUAGGAGGUGGUGUAGCUGUAUGUAUACAUCAAUCCUUCAAAGUCAAGGAGUUUAAAUCAGCCAAUAUCUUCACAUCAUUUGAAUACAUGGAUGUACUCGUUACUGCUCAUGGACAUGUUCCGGUUCGACUUCUGGUCGUGUAUCGCCCACAACGAACCGCUUCUGGACAGUCUACUGAUCAGCUUUUUCUUCAAGAAUUUUCUACACUUAUGGAGCAGCUUGUAUCUUCAACGCAUCGGUUGCUGAUUGUUGGUGAUUUUAAUUAUCACGUGGACAUUGCUACGGACUCAAACUCUGUCAACUUCCUGAAUGAUAUUGCAGCUCUUAACCUUCAGCAACACGUCCAUUUCCCAACACAUAAAAAUGGACACACUGAUUAGAUCUGGUUCUUACACGAGCAAAUGAGGCCUUCAUUAGUAAUUUAUCAAAAGAAGGUUAUCUACCAUCCGAUCAUGUAGCCGUCACUUGCUCUUUGAACAUUCGUAAACCAAAGCCCCAAAAGGUACAGAUCAGAACUCGCAAAAUCCAAAAUAUUGAUCUUGAGGCAUUUCGUCAAGACAUUCUUGUGUCUGAGCUAUACUCUACCCCCUCGGACACCAUAGAUGGACAGGUUGACCGGUUUGAGUCUACGCUUUCUACUCUCCUAGAUAAGCAUGC